GACCCGGCGAGUGGCCUCCCCGCCGUCGCAAGGGCGCCCCGCUCUCCUUCCCCUCCUCUCCUCGCAAGGUCCCGACACAAACUCCAGCUCGCCACCGCAGCCGCCAGAAGCCCCCGCCGCGAAGCUCGGCUCCCCGCUGCCGCCGCCGCCUGCCCACCGGCGUCGCUGUGACCAACGCCAGCGCGUCCUCUCCCCCCUUUUCCCUCUAG